AGUGGCGGCCAGCCAAUAUAUAGGGCCCGCACCCCGUCCGCGCUCUCCAAAGUUUCGUCCACCAUUUCGCUCUCGCAAGCCACCGAUUUGUUUACUGCUCGCUCCGGCGCGCUGCGGCGGAGCACCCGACGACAACUGAACCAUGUGCGGCGGCGCGAUCCUCGACGACCUCCGCGAGCCGGAGCUGCGCCGGGUCACGGACCGGGACAUCUGGCAGAAGAAGAAGCCCAAGAGGGGCGGCGGCGGCGGGAGGCGCUCGUUCGCGGCGGAGGACCAUGAGGACUUCGAGGCCGACUUCGCGGAUUUCGAGGCUGACUCCGGCGAUUCGGAUUUGGAGCUCGGGGAAGGGGCUGACGACGAUGUCGUCGAGAUCAAGCCCUUCGCCGCCAAGGGGACUUUCUCAGGAGAUGGUUUAAGCACCAUGACUACUGCUGAUUAUGAUGCCCCUGUUGCAAGGUCAGCCAAAAGGAAGAGAAAGAAUCAAUACAGGGGUAUCCGCAAGCGCCCUUGGGGCAAGUGGGCUGCUGAGAUCAGAGAUCCUCAGAAGGGUGUUCGUGUUUGGCUUGGUACUUUCAAUAGUCCUGAGGAAGCUGCAAGAGCUUAUGAUGCUGAAGCACGCAGGAUUCGUGGCAAGAAGGCCAAGGUUAACUUUCCUGAUGCACCAGCAGUUGGUCAGAAGCGCCGUUCUGGCUCAGCUUCUGCUAAAGCACCCAAGUCAAGUGUUGAACAGAAGCCUGUCGUCAAAGCACCUAUGACCAACCUUGCCAACACAAAUGCAUCCUUCUACCAAUCUGUUAACUACCCCUCCAACAAUCCAUUUGUUCAGCAUGCCAAUAUGCCAUUCGUUCCAGCAAUGAACUUUACUGCUUCUGUUGAGGAUCCUAUCAUGAAUCUGCACUCUGACCAGGGAAGUAACUCCUUUGGCUGCUCAGACUUGGCAUGGGAGAAUGAUACCAAGACACCAGACAUCACAUCCAUUGCUCCUAUUUCCACUAUUGCUGAAGGUGAUGAGUCUGCAUUUGUCAACAGCAAUUCAAACAGCUCAAUGUUGCCUCCUGUCCUGGAGAACAGUGCUGUUGAUUUCACUGAUGGGCUGACAGAUUUAGAAUCCUAUAUGAGGUUUCUUCUGGAUGGUGGUGCAAGUGAUUCAGUUGAUAGCCUUCUGAACCUUGAUGGAUCACAAGAUGUUGGUAGCAACAUGGACCUCUGGAGCUUUGAUGACAUGCCCAUUGCCGGCGAUUUCUUCUGAGGAAUUUGAAGCUUGGCCAUAGGAGUAUGUACAUAGGGACUAGGGGAAUAAAGACUAUGGGAGAUUGGGAAGCACCUGCUUGGCACCUUGGGGUAGCAUAUGCUCGUGUCUAGCUCAGAUGCAAAAGUUGCAUUCUGAAACUCUUUGGUUAUCGACCUGUUCCCUAUUUUAACUAUCUCUGUAUGAGAGCCAUUUAUGAGACUGAACCAUUUUGUUUUCCUUUCUUUCGUUUGUUACAAUAUAUGGUUUUAACUUUAUGAUUUAUGAAUAUGUGGCAAAACAUGCCUUUAUAUGCACUUGCUUGGGUGUUCCUCC